AUGAAGUUCCAGGCCAUCAUUGUCGCUCUCGUCAGCGCCAUCUCUGUUUCAAUGGCUGCCCCGUUGCCGCAGUCCAAGUCGGUCCCCGCGAAGGAAAACAGCGGGGGUCGCGUCGUCCUGGAUGGCGCUCAGUGCAGCCCAGUCCAGGGCCGUCUCGUCUGCGAUGACGGAUUUGGAAACACCUUUCUUGGGGAUGCUGAUGAGUUUACAGGAUUGGCCUUGGACGUAAAUGCCUUUGGGGACGGCGCUGUUCUUGGCUGUGAUUUCGCCGGCGAAGUAUUUGAGACUCAUCCGAGUGCGACCAAGUUUCGGAAAGGGAGCCGUAUUGCAGGUUUCGUUUGGGGCGGAGAGAUUCCGGGACUAGGAGCUUAUUCGACAUACACGAUCGCCGACGAGCGCUUGUCUUUCGAGAUUCCCGACAAUAUCGGUAGUGCCGAAGCAAGCUCUAUUCCACUCGCCGCAACCACGGCCUGGCUCGCCUUGUUCUCGCCUGAUUGUCUGGGUCUUGCCAAGCACCAAGAUGCAAAGAAAACCCCUCUACUCAUUUGGGGCGGAAGUUCUGUCGUCGGGCACUUCGCGAUCCAGUUGGCAAAGAUGUAUGGUUAUGAAGUCGUCACCACGUGUAGUCCCCGGAACUUCAAUCAGGCUAAGUUAUCCGGGGCCUCUCAUGUCUUUGACUACAACGAUGAACACGUUACAGAAAAGAUACGGGCGUCUGUUCCGGAGUUGAAGUAUGCCUUCGACACUAUUGGCAAUAGGACAUCAUCUGCUACUGCUGCGACGGCCCUUCAGGGACAGGCUGGACAUCUCUGCACCGUACGCCCAGGAAAGGCGAAUACUGAGAAUGUGCCAUCGACUGUGCACGUCUCGGAUGUGUUCGUUUUCACGGCGUUUCCGACCGCUCAUACAUAUCGUGGGAAGGCCCACUGGCCGAUCAACAUGCCAAAUCAUGAGAUGAGCGUCGAGUUCCACAAUCAGAUACCAGGCCUUUUGAGUGAAGGGAACCUUAAGCCUCCGGCCAUUGAUGUCUUGGGCAAUCUCAGUCCAGAAGUGAUAGAAGAAGCCAUGAACAUCAAUAGAGAUGGCAAGAUCUCAGGUCAGAAGGUAGUUUUCACCGGCUUCGAAUAA